UACUCUGAUCAGUAGAUAUUAAAGAAAUGAGGUUCAUAUUAUGACCUUGAUGUACUAAAAAUCAGGUACUGUCAUGGAAUUAGAGUAAAAAUAAAUAAAAAUCAAGCACUAAAUAUAGGAUUCAUUUUACUGCAAAACUCAUAAUAAUAUUGUACAAAUUUGUCUGAUGCAAAUUGCCCCAAAAAUUCUCCAAUGUUUUCUCCAAGGGCUGCAGUAAUUUUAACCAUUUUUUUCCAAAAUAAAUUUUAGGUAGAACAUUCAAUUUGUCCAAUACAGUAAGUGGAUACCAUUUUUAUUUUUUGUUAGAUCAAGUUUAGAAGUAAAAAAUGAAUAAAACUGGUCAAAGUUUAAAAUAGUACCUUCAUAUUAUAAUGUUUUUGGCUUUUCAGAGGAUGCAUUUUAAUAUAAUAAUUUGCAUGGGGACUCCUUCCUCUUACUCUUAUUUUAAGAGCAGCUUAUGAAACUGAAGUUAGGAGUUGCCAACUAUGCCUGUGAGUUGACCACGCCAGUAUAAAUCAUAUAUAUAUGAAAAUUUUCUUAGUUUGAGCCGGGUCUUGGCUGAAAAUGUUUGAAGGUUUCUUUAGGAUAGUGUGUUCUCUCUGUGUACAAAUAAUUGUGUAUAUUUGGAAAACAUUUGUUAGAACUAGUUUCUUAGAGAAAAGCCAAAUUAACUAACCUAGAUAAAAGGUAGAGCAGAGGAAAUCAAUAUUACCUAAUGCUGUGAUAUAGUUUUGAUGCAGGGGUAAGUAUUCACAACAAUCCCAACCCGAAUUGGCAUUCUUGGGUUUCCUUGAAAUGAAACCUGUUACAGAGAAACCUGUUAGGACACAUGUUGAACUAAACAUAGUAGGUUUGUUGAAUUCGAACUGGACCAGCCUACAGUGGAGUCCUGUGGUAAGUGAUUAUUCACUUUGACGUAAUUGUUAGAUUUAGAAUUGUUGUAUUCUAAAUCUGUAUAAGGCAGAUAAUCUUAAGAUAUCCAUAAAAAUGAAUAUAUUUGCACAUAUUUCAGGUAAGUUAUUCCUUAGUUUUGGUUUCCAGAAUUAAUAGCAGUGUAAUAGCAGUUCAGGUGAUUAAAAAAUAAGUACCGUCUGAAUUUGACACAAGUAAUUGAUGAUGUGAAAACGAGGGAGGGAGAAUAGGUAGGAGGACUGAUUACCUUGAAGAUUAGGUUUGAACCAGAAUGAUUCCAUUGGUAGUUUAUUACUGUGGAUGAGAAAAAUGAUCAUACAAAGCUCAGGCAUCAGUAUUUUCCCUUCUGUUUAGUUUAUUCCAACAAAUUACUCAUCUAUGUUCAAGUUUUUAGGCUAGUCCUGGUAGAGAGGAGAUGGGAUGGAUGCAAAAGAUGAACAAGACAGAAGGUUUGCCCAUGAGUCAAGGAAGAUAAACAAGUAUAUAUAAAUACAGCAUGAAAUAGACCAGCUGGAAGAUCAUAAAUACCUCUCAGAUAGGGUUCUAAAUGUGGAGGAUGAGGAGAAACUGCUUCCCAACUGGGAGCAUUUGGCAGAGGCUCUAUGGCUGUAAGAUUUCCUCUGGCAGAGGUUGGGUUUAGGGCCUUCCAGGUAGAGAGAAGAACUUGAACAAAGUUAACAGUCUGGGAAGUGCAGAGUUCAUUUUGAGGAACAGUAACAUAGUAUGUAUGCUUGGGAAUAAUGUCUAAGGUUGCUUGCUGGCUCAAAACAGAUCGCAUGUUUGCAUAUUAGUUGGAAAUUAAUAGUAAAGAAUAUUAGAGUUAAACAGUAUUGACAUUUGUUUUGUAGUCUUGUGCUUUUACACCUCUCAUAAACAUAGGUCAUUAGCCCCUGCCCUUUGGGAAAGGACUUUUUUUUUUUUUAAUCACUUGGGUUGUUGCAAGUUAAAUGAAAAAUGUUUAUGUGGAAUUGCAUUUGUGUUCUUUUUUCAUGUAAUGGGAAUAUUUUUGCCAUUUAUCUCAAAUCUCUUGAAGAUCAGGAUUUGUUUUACAUGAUCUGCUCUACCUAGAUCAAUGACAUUUUGAUCAUUCUGAAUAUCUUAACUUACACUUAUCAUUGUUAUAGAUUAUGAUGCAUCAUUAUCACAGAAGAAAUUCGUGUCUAUAGCUUUUAAGGACUCGAUUACAUCAUUUUCAAGCCUGAUAGUUUUGGAAUCACCAUUAGAGCUUAAGACACAUCUGCCUUCAUUUCAACCACCUGUCUUCAUACCCUGACGAAGUGCGCCUUUUAACACUCCUUUGUCCUUGGAUUACUUAAAAGAGUUCCCAGAAAUACAUUCGCCACCAACAGAGUAGCCAAAUUUAUAAGGAAAAAUGAUUCCCAAUGGAUAUUUGAUGUUUGAGGAUGAAAAUUUUAUUGAGUCUUCUGUUGCCAAAUUAAAUGCCCUGAGGAAAAGUGGCCAGUUCUGUGAUGUUCGACUUCAGGUCUGUGGCCACGAAAUGUUAGCACACAGAGCAGUGCUAGCUUGCUGCAGUCCCUAUUUAUUUGAAAUCUUUAAUAGUGAUAGUGAUCCUCAUGGAAUUUCUCAUGUUAAAUUUGAUGAUCUCAAUCCAGAAGCUGUUGAAGUCUUGUUGAAUUAUGCCUACACUGCUCAGUUGAAAGCAGAUAAGGAAUUGGUAAAAGAUGUUUAUUCUGCAGCAAAAAAGCUGAAGAUGGAUCGAGUAAAGCAGGUUUGUGGUGAUUAUUUACUAUCUAGAAUGGAUGUUACCAGCUGCAUCUCUUACCGAAAUUUUGCAAGUUGUAUGGGAGACUCCCGUUUGUUGAAUAAGGUUGAUGCUUAUAUUCAGGAGCAUUUGUUACAAAUUUCGGAAGAGGAGGAGUUUCUUAAGCUUCCAAGGCUAAAGUUGGAGGUAAUGCUUGAAGAUAAUGUUUGCUUGCCCAGCAAUGGCAAAUUGUAUACAAAGGUAAUCAACUGGGUGCAGCGUAGCAUCUGGGAGAAUGGAGACAGUCUGGAAGAGCUGAUGGAAGAGGUUCAAACCUUGUACUACUCAGCUGAUCACAAGCUGCUUGAUGGGAACCUACUAGAUGGACAGGCUGAGGUGUUUGGCAGUGAUGAUGACCACAUUCAGUUUGUGCAGAAAAAGCCACCACGUGAGAAUGGCCAUAAGCAGAUAAGUAGCAGUUCAACUGGAUGUCUCUCUUCUCCAAAUGCUACAGUACAAAGCCCUAAGCAUGAGUGGAAAAUCGUUGCUUCAGAAAAGACUUCAAAUAACACUUACUUGUGCCUGGCUGUGCUGGAUGGUAUAUUCUGUGUCAUUUUUCUUCAUGGGAGAAACAGCCCACAGAGCUCACCAACAAGUACUCCAAAACUAAGUAAGAGUUUAAGCUUUGAGAUGCAACAAGAUGAGCUAAUCGAAAAGCCCAUGUCUCCUAUGCAGUACGCACGAUCUGGUCUGGGAACAGCAGAGAUGAAUGGCAAACUCAUAGCUGCAGGUGGCUAUAACAGAGAGGAAUGUCUUCGAACAGUCGAAUGCUAUGAUCCACAUACAGAUCACUGGUCCUUUCUUGCUCCCAUGAGAACACCAAGAGCCCGAUUUCAAAUGGCUGUACUCAUGGGCCAGCUCUAUGUGGUAGGUGGAUCAAAUGGCCACUCAGAUGACCUGAGUUGUGGAGAGAUGUAUGAUUCAAACAUAGAUGACUGGAUUCCUGUUCCAGAAUUGAGAACUAACCGUUGUAAUGCAGGAGUGUGUGCUCUGAAUGGAAAAUUAUACAUCGUUGGUGGCUCUGAUCCAUAUGGUCAAAAAGGACUGAAAAAUUGUGAUGUAUUUGAUCCUGUAACAAAGUUGUGGACAAGCUGUGCUCCUCUUAACAUUCGGAGACACCAGUCUGCAGUCUGUGAGCUUGGUGGUUAUUUGUACAUAAUCGGAGGUGCAGAAUCUUGGAAUUGUCUGAACACAGUAGAACGAUACAAUCCUGAAAAUAACACCUGGACUUUAAUUGCACCCAUGAAUGUGGCUAGGCGAGGAGCUGGAGUGGCUGUUCUUAAUGGAAAACUGUUUGUAUGUGGUGGCUUUGAUGGUUCUCAUGCCAUCAGUUGUGUGGAAAUGUAUGAUCCAACUAGAAAUGAAUGGAAGAUGAUGGGAAAUAUGACUUCACCAAGGAGCAAUGCUGGGAUUGCAACUGUAGGGAACACCAUUUAUGCAGUGGGAGGAUUCGAUGGCAACGAAUUUCUGAAUACGGUGGAAGUCUAUAACCUUGAGUCAAAUGAAUGGAGCCCCUAUACAAAGAUUUUCCAGUUUUAACAAAUUUAAGACCCUCUCAAACUAACAGGCUUAGUGAUGUAAUUAUGGUUAGUAGAGGUACACUUGUGAAUAAAGAGGGUGGGUGGGUAUAGAUGUUGCCAAUAGCAACACAAAGCUUUUGCAUAUUGCAUAUUAUUAAACAUGCUGUACAUACUUUUUGUGUUUAUUUGGAAAGGAAUGCAAAGAUGAAGGUCUGUUUUGUGUAUUUUUAAGACUUUGGUUAUUUUACUUUUUGGAAAAGAAUAAACCAAGAAUUGAUUGGCACAUCACUUCAAGAAGUCCCCUCUCCUCCACAUUUGUUUUGCCAAUUUGCACAUUAAAUGACUCUUCCCUCAAAUGUGUAUUAUGGGGUAAAAGGGGUAGGGUUUAAAGAUGUAGACAGUUGGGUUUUUUAAGGGCCCUUUUUCAAUAACUGGAACACUCUAUAACAAAGGAUACUUAAAAAGAUGACAUUGACUAUUUUUGUUUUUAUUAAAAGGAAGCUUACAUGCCUACCAAUAUUUAAUCUUUUAUGAUUGCCUUUUUAUAACUUUUUAUAUUCUCAGCAGAGUGCUUUACCAAUUGAAGUAAAAUGUGGCAGGUUGGAGUUAUUGAAGCAGAGUGGCAGUCUUCAAGUUUGCAGAGUAGGGGUCUGUCUUUUAAACUCUCUGAGUGCAAACUGUUCAGAGCUCUUGCCUUGGCUGCAGUUUUUUUCCUUCAAGAAUGCAGUACUAACAUUUAUUUGAGUGGAGUUACUGAACAGUAACAUAGCUGUGAUUUUUGGUAUUUGAAACACUGGUUUUAAAUAUUUUGACUUGUUGAGGGUAUGUUUCAUAUAGCAAGAUAUUAUAUAGCAGUAAAAAGUGGUGUUUUAUCUUCUAUAUAAUUCCUGUUUUUAUUAUUAACAAAACAGUCCUAAAUAGCAGCCCUCAAUUGUGAAAAAAAUUAAACUACAUUAGGUUGUGAAUGCAGGUUUUAUCAGAACUAUGUUUUUAUUCAGUUUAUCUGUUCAUAUGGAUAAAUAUUGGUUGGGAUGACUUGGUGUCUAAUGUGUAGUGCUACACACCUAACUUAUGGUGCCAAAAUAGCAUGUCCUAAUGCUUGCUGCUGAUGCAAACACAUUAAAGGUACUUUGCAGGAAAUCCUUGCACCAUGGGAUUAAUAUCCAAUUGCUGCCUGUACACUCAUUCAUUACUAAAAGUUUUGAGAAAUUUUUUUUCCAGUAAUGAGCUUAAGAAAUUUGUGGAAAAUAACUCACCUGGCAUCUUACAUCUGAAAUAAGGAAUGAUAUAAGGUUUUUUUUUUCUCACAGAAGAUGAAGCACACAGGAACCUAAUGGGCCAACUGGGAUGAGAUGAAUAUUCAGUGAUGACUAUUCUGAGAUGACUAUUCAGUGGCUAACUUGGGUUAGGAAGAAAAUAAUUAGGUAUUUUCUCCAAAUGUUCACUGGUACUCUGCCACUUUCUCUCAUCUGUUACACAAAGAACCACCAGGAAAGGAAAUCAGUUUGGUUGCUAACUCUGUAAUUCCUAUCACUGGUUUGGUUCUGGACUAAAACUACAUUGACAGAUUGAAUUUGCCUAAUAUGAUGACUGUUUUUAAUAUGGAUCUGUAUGUGUUCUAUUCAGCACAAGGAAAUAAAAUUUUAGUUGAGGAUUCAGCACUAAA